AUGAUCAAGUUAGUUUUAGUUGUAAAUAACAAAAAACUGUACCUGGAAAAGAAGGAUACAUUUCAAUCUGAGAGACAUUUUCGCACAGCUUCUACGGCUUUGGAUAAUUUAGACUUUAUACUUAAGAGCCUGCUUAAGGAGAUUGAAGGACCUGCUGUGCCAGAAGAAGUGUGUAUUGCUCUUGGAGGCACCCCAGUAACUUGUAAGGAAGUGUACCGACUUCUUCUACCAAACUUGUGCCAUAAACCACAGUGCCAUUCAUCUUUCAUAGCCUCUGAUCAGAAGAUUCAGAGAAGUGUUUUUAAGACUUUGGUAAGGGAGUUC